GCACCAUCAGGUCACUUUGUUUUUUCUCGCCAUUGGUCAAAUCUACUGUAAAUCAAAGCUUAACCCAAUCAAUGAAGGGCAAAUCCGUCGCGUUCCUUUUCGUCUGGCCCAUCAGCAGUUAGUUACUAAGACUCGCGGUGCAGAUUUAAAAGUAAAAUUAAUCUCUUGUCAACGCAUUUAGGACGGGGGCCUGUCGAACAGACGCGACUUCUGAACCGAGAGCGAUGAACAUCCCCACUUGUUCCGUCUAAUCCUAGCGAGGCGGUCAGAGAGACAGAGCCGGGGACCAGAGCGGUUGCCUGGAGACCUGCUUCUCUCUUCCUCCGUCUGCUGCAGGGAUCGGCUCUCCGCCACGGCUAGCCCGCAUUUUCAUUUAAAUAAGUCAUUUGCAAGGCUAAUGUGUGAGUGUGGCCAUAUCUGACCACUGCAGCUUUUGAUCUGCUGACUCGGCUUGAGUAAAGCGCUUUGUGAAGACCAGAUGGACGCGGAUCGGGUCUUUUAGAUCAGGUGCUGACAAUCUAAAACCUGUGCAGCUUCGGAUAAAUCAUCAUCAUCAUGUGGACCGUCUCACAGAUGCCUCCUGGACCCUGUGAUCCAAUUUCUGGAAGACUGUGACAGGAUCGUCCUUCCCUGUAACCAACGCUGCUCAACCUUAAUACACACAUUGACGUUGAGCACCACUGCCCGAGAUUAUGCUGAGCAUCCUUGCAGCUGGCUCCAUAUUCUUCCCAGGCCUCUUCCUGCUGUCCAAGCGAUUCCUGAAACAUGCUCCUGGGCUCAAAUGGAGCGAGAAGGAUGCUGUCAUCGUCUCGUCCAGACUGGUGUCCUCCGUUCAGGCCAUCAUGGCAUCCUCUGCCGGGUACAUCAUCGCCUGUUCAUGUGAAGACAUCAUUGAGGACCAGCAUUGGCUUACCAGCAGCUAUAUCCUCUUUGCUGUCCCCUACUUCGUCUAUGACAUCUAUGCCAUGUUUAUGUGCCACUGGUACAAACUUCAGGUCAAAGAUCACGAGGAGGAGGGUGAAGCCAAACCGAUGAGGUCAGCCAUCAGCGGAUAUCUGCGCCGAGAGUUCCUUAUGGUCCUGCACCAUGUCGUCAUGGUUACUGUGUGUUUCCCUGUCUCUGUGUUCUGGAGACAGGGAAAAGGGGAUUAUUUCCAGGGUGUGAUGUUCCUGGCAGAACUCAGCACCCCAUCCGUCUGUCUUGGAAAAAUACUCAUCCAGUACAAGCAACAGCACACUCUCCUACAUAAAGUCAAUGGAGCUCUUAUGCUGGUCACUUUCUUCAUCUGCAGAGUUCUUCUCUUCCCCUACCUCUACUACGCCUACGGCAGGUACGCCUCCAUCCCCUUCUACAUGGUGCCGCUGUCUGUGCCCUGGCAGUGUAACGCAGGUGCAGCUUUGCUCAUGGCCCCGCAGGUCUACUGGUUUUCCCUCAUCUGCAGGGGUGCCUUCCGUCUCUUCACCAGAGCCUCACGGCACAAAGCUACUCCUAGCACCACAGACUCUGAAUCAAAAACCUCACUCCUGCCCCCUGCAAACGGAUACAGCCCCAGAGAGACCGACUCGCACUGAGAGAGGAGUAGAGAUAGAGAUGUAGGUACAGGGUUGCUAGGUUUAGACCAAACAGGAAACCGAAGGUAGACUGACUUAUUACAAUGGGUGGAUCUACCUUAGACGCAGUGGCGUGGGUUAGCAAACAAAGAAACUGGAGGUCUGUACCCUCGCUAUUCACCAACCAUCAUCCUCCCAUUGAGAAGAAAAAAAAAGACUGCAGACCAAAACCAAACAGAUGGUUUUCCCCCUAACAUGCACGUUCUCUGUGUUGGAGCAGUAGGUCGGGGAAAUGUCAUCUGCUGCUUUGGAGGUUUAGGGCAUCAUUUGUAGAUAACCAUGGUCAUAAGCUUCAGGAAAAGGGACUGAUGUGGAUGCAACGGGAACAGUAUUAAAAAUGAUCGAUGGAUGGGAGGAUUGAUAGAUCCCUCAUAUCUCUCUUUGUGUGGUACGGUUGCAGAGAGGAUACGAAAAAGGGAACCCGAAAGUUCUCAGUCGAUUUGUACAUAAGGUUUUAUUAAUAUAUUUGCGUUGGAUUCCAAAUAGAUUUUAAUUUAUUUUAGAUUUCUGUAGCACCUGUUUGUUUAUUAUAUAUUCAGUUCUAUUGCUAAGUACGGGUGGAUAAGUUUAAAACAAAACCGUUCACAAAGUUGUUUGGUUCAAAACAAUCCUUCAGACCCUCACGGUGGGUGCAAGGCCUCCUUCCAGCUGAAAAAACAAGAUGGCAGCGGCUGCAUCCAGAUGGUUAGUGAAUCAGCAGAUAUAAAGUAGAAGGGGGGUCACUGAAAGGAUUCGGAUGAGGCUGAGGUAAUGCAUUAGCAUAUCUCUGCUGCAGUGCUCCAAUCCUUUUAAGAUCCAGACGUCAGACGGAGGGGGAAGAGACCGAGCUGCCCAGUGAAAUACUGCACUUGAAGUUGGCACCCGAGCCAGUCGAUUUGUACGUUGUGUACAGUUUUAUGUGAGGAGGCUGCCAUCACAAAUGUCCUCACUCACCUCUUAAUGGAUCCACACCACAAGCUGGAUUCUGAUGCUACCACUGAUUGUAAUCUGCACACUGAACGAGUAACAACUGCUGUUAUUCUCCACACUGAUGCAAUGUUUCUUAACAGGCAGUCAGCCUUCAUUUCUGUCCGGAUAUAUAGGAGGUCCACUGAUUUUGUGUUUUGUCACCAACUAGUCCUCGCUUCUAUGGUGAAAGUGUCAUUGGCGUAACAAUGCUGUCACAUACCUCCCUUAGGCCUGAUUGUUGUGCUCCCAAACCGGGCUCUGCCACUCUGACGUUAAACAGUAUUAUUAGAGGUGGCACACAAAGUGGAUCCUAGAAGUCAAUCUUGCACUGAAUUAUCCCAAGAAGGGGUGCUAAGCUAUAAUCCAAGUCGGUGACAUACUGUAAUACUUUUAAAAUCACUGCAUAGAUGUUUUUAGAUCAGCGUCCUGGAUGUAGUUCUGGACCACUAUGAUUGGAGUCUUCUAGAUUAGUCAUGUUUCUGUUACGCACCAGAAUGUUUUUGUUUUCGCUGCUUUUACAGUUAGCUUGUUUGCCCAUAGGCAUCAAUGUAGCCUUAGAAGUAAUGAUUUCAACAUGCUCAUUACACAAAGUACUACACUGGGCCCUCACAACACUUACUCAAAGGGACUGCCCAGUGCUGGGCGUGAAUUAGGGGCCCGUACUUUCAACUCUAGCAAAGUCUACUGGUUUGGGAACUGUUUAAAAAUCAUAUUUUGAGCUAGGAACGGACUGUAUCUUUUUAUGUAAUUAUUCAUAUUGUUAACUUAUUCUUCUGUAUUUAUUUGGCCAAGUCCGAAUGUACAUAGGAAUUCACAUCUUAAAUGUUCUUCUGUGUAGGCUUCUGUUACUCUAGCUGCCUGAAGACUGUUCUGUAAUUCUGGUUCUCUCGGCUGAAAUAUACUCUCUCUCUCCUGCUGUGUGCUCUGAUGCUGUGUUUGACCUCCUUUUGUACUGAAACAAAGACUCUGUGUCACCUGC